AAUACCUAAACAUUUAUAUUUGAAUCCAACAAAUAACAUCAAUAUUUAACUUUUAUACUCAUAAAAUAAUAAUAAAAUAAUUUUUAUCAAUUAAAUUCUCUAAAAUGAGAUCAUUUUACUUAGAGGUUCGUAUAUCGAUCAUGCCGGUCAUACCGGUGGUGUCACGCCGGUUUUAUGAUCGGUUUUAGGCAUGGUUUGUUGUUUUUGGCCUUUUUGUUUGAGUUCCUUUUUCAAUUUUGUGCCAUGUAGCAUCUACUUUUCCGUUUGGGCUUAGCCCAUUCGUUUUCUUAAUGAAUCUUCUUCAAAAAAAAGUUGUUUUUUUAUAAUGGUGAUAUCAAUUUAUAUUGAUAGCUAGAUGCUCUACUUAACGGAUUCGAAUACAAGACUUUUAUAUUAAAAGCUAACGUGCAAUAGAUUUGCUAGACAAAAUCCUUGUUCGCUGGCCAAAAAGUUCAACUCACAUGGUACAUAUUGAUCCACUGGCCAAUUUGAUGAAACCAACUAAUUCAGUAUCCAUCGAUCAAUAAUCAAUGGCUCCAGUACUAGUACUCCUGCAGCAAUAUUUCUCCAACAUCGACUUCAUCACAAUCAUCCUCGUAUCAGUAAUAUCACUGGUGACCAGACGACGAUGUGGCUCCCCGGAGAAAUCACCAUCAUCGCCGCCGCCGGGCCCACGGAAGCCACCCGUGAUAGGGAACCUCCACCAGCUGAUCUGUUCACUGCCGCACCACCGCCUCCGUGAUCUGGCCCAAAAGCACAACCCACACCUGAUGGGCCUCCAGCUCGGCGAGCUCUCCUACGUCGUGGUCUCAAGCCCAGAAGCAGCCCGAGAGGUGUUGAAGGCCCGUGGGUUACUUUUAAUCACCUAACUCAUAUACCACGAUUUUGAAAACACUAAAUACAAACUCGCCCAAAUAAUUUAGAAUUUUAACGGUUUAUGUCCUCCAUACCAAAUGAACCAAUUUACAUGUCGCUUAACUAAGGACGAUCUCAUUGUCCAAUCCCAUCAUUCUAAUGUCAAUCCAUAAAAGUAACCCAUAUUCGCGUUUGUUAACACAUGUUUCACAUUGUGAUUACUGUGGCCGGUAACUUCACUGCAACUGAUUCGGUUUUGCUCAUCAUAUGGCCUCCAAACUUAUAAACAUAUCGGGCCAGCAGUUUUAUGACAAAACUCAAAGUGAAGACAACUCAUCGUCUGGUGGAAUUUUGGCACUUGCUGGUGUCAUUAAACUAAUUGCAAGCAUAAUGAUUGCUAAAAUUAAGCUUUCACGCAAUACAUUGGGAGUUGGGGGUGUGAACUUGGAGUAAAAGUUUAUAUUGGGUUUGGGAAGGAAAGUGGCGAGAGGAAGAAAUUGUGUUUGGAUUUGGUAGCAGGUAAAGUUCAUGGUUCGGUUUCUUUUCGUAAAAUGUUUUGAUUUAUUUUAGUUAGAGGUAUAAUAUCAUGGUUAUGUGGGAUCAAAUGAACAAAAAAUGAGCUUGGGGGAUGGGAAUUCCAACUUAGAAGGAGUGAAUUAGAUUUUGAUAAACUCAAGUUCAUGAUUAACUGAAAGAAUAUUUAGAUUUAGACUUUGUGGUAUUGAGAUGUUCAUAGAGAUUUUAAAACUGAUCCAAGACCAUGGAUUGAUAUUGGUUAGUUGAUUGUGAUUUUGAGGAAGGUGUAUAAAAAGUCAUGGAAGUAGUUUGCAGCAAGUGAAGGCAGUGAAGAGGCAGUUGGUCAGGGUAGUGAUUGAACCAAUGAGGGUAUUGAAAGACAUAGAAGCAAAAUCGAAGCAGUUGAAGAGAGGGAAGUGGUAGAUGAUCAGGAUAUUAAUGAAAAUGGAGAGGGUAUUGAAGGGCAUGGAAGUGAACUGGAUCAGGUGAAGGCAGAGAAGGAAGAGAAGAGCAUACUGAUGGAAUUGAAGAUGAGUGUUGGUUUUACGAGCUUAUUAAAACUUCCCAGAGGAAGAUGAGUAGGCCAAAUACAAGAAAGAGGAUUGAGGAGUUGGAGAUCAAGCUGACAAGAAACUCAAUUGAUAGAGAAAUUCAGGUUCAUGGAGAGAAGAUCCAUUAAUAUUGUGCCUCAUUACUUUGGUCGAGUCUAUUAGUAUAUUGGAUGUAACUCUAAUUUUGUCAUUUGCUCUCAAGUUUUGAUGGUCAACCCCAAACCACAUUGGACGCAACACAGUUUUGACGAAGACCGUAUCGAAUUGAAUCUAAUAUGUCAUGGACCUUCAUCCUACCAAUCAUACAAGUUCAAAAGAAAAAUGUUCUGAUGGG